AUGAUUCGGAGGCGUGCUGCGUAUGUUGCAAAAAUAAAAGGUUUCAGUCGUGAAGUGAAAAUUAAAGAGGUCAAACGGUUCUUCAAGCCGAUUAGGAUAAAGGACUUUAGGGUUCUGAAAAAUGGCACCGGCCUAGUGUUUUUUCGGAAUCACCAGGAUUUAAAUAAAGCCCUCAAAAAGAAGGGCGACAUAGGUGGAAGGGCAGUCAAGAUUGAGGAGAACAUUCAAGAAAAGAAUGAAGCGUCUAAUGUACAAGAACCUGAACAACCUAAGUGGUUAGUUAAGAGUGAUGAAGAAACAGUAUCUGCAAUAUUAGAGACUGGCCGGUUAUUUGUCCGUAAUCUGUCUUAUGCCUGCACUGAACAAGACCUUGAAAAGCUAUUUUCUGUUCAUGGAUCUCUAUCAGAUAUUCACUUAGCUUUCGACCAUUGGUCACAAGUGUCUAAGGGGUUUGCGUUCAUCACUUUCCUGUUCCCAUCUGACGCUGUGAAAGCCUACAAAUCACUAGAUAAAACAAAGUUUAUGGACAGGCUAAUUCACAUCCUUCCUGGUCAAGAAAACACAGAACCUAAGGACCCAUUUAGAAAGCCUCUAAACAAUUUUUAUAGAAAUGAGAAUUCUGCUGAUCCGCCAAAGAUGUUUUUAUCAAGCUUUCAAAACGAUCGAUUUCAAGAAUUGAAAAAGAAUUCAAGCGUUGGACAUAAUUGGAAUGCUUUAUUUAUUCGUCCAGAUGCUGUUGCUACAUAUUUAGCUGCAAAAUUCGGUUUGACUAUGGAACAAGUUUUAGAUCCAUCAGGAAAUAAGUCAGUUGCUGUACGAUUGGCACAUGGUGAGACUCAGUUAGUUGCUGAAAUGAAAGAAUUUUUAAAAACUCAUGGUGUACGAUUGGAAGCUUUCGAAAAGCACGAUGAUGAGACUGAGGUAAAAGAAAUAGAUGAUUCCGUUAUUGUUCAUGAAACAUCAGGUCAACGUAAUCGUUUAGAAUCAAAGUCAAGAUCAACUAUUCGUCAAUUAUCGGGAACUGCAUUUUUAAUAAAAAAUCUACCAGCUGGAACAACUGAGUUUGAAGUUCGAGAUUUGCUUAAACAGUAUACAAAAAGCUCUGUAACUGUUGAUGCUAAUAAUCCUUCAAUUCGUUCCGGAUUAAAACGUGUUCUGGUACCCCCUCUAGGCAUUACUGCUAUUGUAGAAUAUGCCCAUUCUCAACAAGCUCGGUUGAUGUACAAAGCACUUGCAUAUGAACCGUUUAGAGACAGUAUUCUGUUUCUACAGUGGUUACCGGAUGGCGCUCUGAAAUCAUCAACUCCUGAUGAUAAUGAAUACGAGAAAAUAAAAUCCGAAGAAGCUUCUACACAUAAGCUGAAAAAGACGAAACAUGAGAAAUCAUCUGUUGAUAAGAUUAAAAAAAUUGAGCAAUCUGACGAUGAAUUUGAACUGAUCACAUCCAUUCCAACUGGUAAACGCAAGUUCAGAGAUGAUCAUGAUGAUGAAGAUACAGUAGCAGUUAUGGAUCACUCAUCUCAUCAUGACAAUGAAAAUAAUUCAUAUCAAAUAUCAAAAUCUCAACGAGUUAAGAAAUAUCUAAAUAAAAAACAGAAGAUCGGACAAAUAGCUAACAAUAAAUCAAGUGAAUCGGAGCUAAUCGACAAAUUUAUGGGACAUAAAAGUAAAAAAGUUAAAUUCACCAACGAUGUUAACGUUGAAUGUGUCAAUCAACCACACUCAAAUAAUGAAAAUAUAAUGAAUAAAUGUGAUACUACUAUUAAUAUUAAUGAACAACCCAAAGAGAAAAUUAAUAUUAAGAAAUCAAUACCAUCAAAACAGUUAAAAAAGAACAAAAUUUUAAUUGUACGUAAUAUUCCUUUUCAAGCUACACAAAAAGAAUUGAUUGAGUUGUUUCAACCUAUUGGUGGUCUUGUCAAUGUUCGAUUACCAAAAAAACCAACUAGCGGACAUCGUGGAUUUGCAUUCGUUGAAUUCGACACAAUGGACAAAGCAAAAAUUGCAUUGGAGACAUUGGGCGUGGCUACGCAUUUAUUAGGUCGUCGUUUACUCAUGGAAUAUGCACAAAUGUAA